CGCAACCGUGACGCGGCGCAGACGGACCCAAUGGAAUCCCGGGGUAAAAGUGAUGAAAGUGGGGGAUGGUCGCUUAUCAGGCACCCACGGACCGCGGCUCACAGCCAAAGUGACGCGGCAGCUCCAGCUGAAAGUGUCGGAGGUCGCAACGAUCGCAACGAUCGCAACAACAAGAGGCAAAAUAGUAUCAUUAUGAAGAGGUCCAAGCCUUCAGAUGCAACGGCAAGGAAACGGAAAAAAGAACAGGAGGAAACGAGAGCCAAAUACAGAGACAUGUCUGCUGCCAGCUGUCUGCUGACUGAAGAUCAGUUUCUGUGCUCCAUCUGUCUGGAUGUGUUCACUGAUCCAGUCAGCACAUCAUGUGGACACAACUUCUGUAAAGCCUGCAUCUCUGAACACUGGGAUACUAAAGUCCCGAGUCAGUGUCCCAACUGCAAAAAGGUAUUCAACAUAAAGCCUGAUCUGCAGGUCAACACUUUCAUCUCUGAGAUGGCUGCUCAGUUCAGACAGCCAGCUCAACAGAAAGCCAGCAGCAGCAGCUCAGAGCAACAAGUUGUCAAACCAGGAGAAGUUCCCUGUGACGCCUGCACUGGAACCAGACUGAAGGCCCUGAAGUCCUGCCUGGUGUGUCUGGAGUCCUACUGUGAGACUCACCUGGAGCCUCACCUGACAAGGCCAGGCCUGAAGAAACAUCAGCUGAUCGACCCUGAGGAGAACCUGGAAGGCAGGAUGUGUGUGAAGCACGAUAAACUGCUGGAGCUGUUCUGUAAGACCGACCAGGUGUGUGUCUGCAUGCUCUGCACUGUUUCAGACCACAAGACACAUGAUGUUGUUCCUCUGAAAGAAGGAUAUGAAGGAAAGAAGGCUGAGCUGGGGAAGACAGACGCUGACAUUCAGCAGAUGAUCCAGAAGAGACGACUGAAGAUUCAGGAGAUGAAUCUCUCAGUGCAGCUCAGUAAGGAAGGAGCAGACAGAGAGAUAGCAGAUGGUGUUCAGGUCUUCACCGCUCUGAAGGAGUCUGUUGAGAGAAGCCAGGCCGAGCUCAUCGACACCAUCAAAGAGAAGCAGAGAGAGACAGAGGAACAGGCUGAAGGCUUCAUCAAAGAGCUGGAACAGGAAAUCUCUGAGCUGAAGAAGAGAAGCUCUGAGGUGGAGCAGCUCUCACGCUCUGAAGACCAGCUCCACCUCCUCCAAAGCUUCACGUCCCUGAACGCUGCUCCACCCACCAAGAACUGGACAGAAGUCAGGGUCCGUCCACCUUCAUAUGAGGGGACUGUGGUGAGAGCUGUGACUCAGCUGGAGACGCUCAGUAAACAGAUGAAGAAGCUGCUCUCAGAGGUGGAGCUGAAGAGGGUCCAGCAGUAUGAGGUGGAGGUGACUCUUGAUCCUGAUACAGCACUUCCCAAACUCAUCCUGUCUGAUGAUGGAAAACAAGUUAAACUUGGUGAUGUGAGCAAGAAUCUCCCAGACAAUCCAGAGAGAUUUGAUUUGUGUUCUUGUGUUUUAGCAAAGCAGAGUAUCUCUUCAGGAAGAUUUUAUUGCGAGGUUCAGGUUAAAGGGAAGACUGAGUGGUAUUUAGGAGUGGCCAGAGAGUCGAUCAACAGGAAGGGAGAGAUCUCACCGUCUCCUCAGAAUGGUUACUGGGUGAUAGUGUUGAGGAAUGAAAAUGAGUACAAAGCUUGUGCUGGUCCUGCAGUCCGUCUCUCUCUGAAGUCUCAGCCUCAGAAGGUGGGGGUGUUUGUGGAUUAUGAGGAGGGUCUGGUCUCCUUUUAUGAUGUUGAUGCUGCAGCUCUGAUCUACUCCUUCACUGGCUGCUGCUUCAAAGAGAAACUCUACCCAUUAUUUAGUACUGGUCUUAACGAUGGUGGUAAACACUCUGGCCCUCUGAUCAUCUCUCCUGUCAAUCACACUGAGUAGAACAACCAUUUGAUGUUUCACACGGGGUUCGCUAUCAUUUCAUGUGAUAAAUGUAUGUCUUUUGGGGGGAUGCCCCCUCUCUACAUUGUUAUACCAGAUUU